GCUCGGGGAGCAGGUGCCGGCGGCGGCGCGGGCGCGGCACCGCACCGCGCCGGGGCGCCGCUGCACGGCUGAAGCGGCUGCACGUCGGGGGAGCGGAGCGGAGCGGAGCCCGGCGCCCUGCCAUGGAGACGGGGGGCCUGGAGUGGCUGCCGGUGCCCGCGCACCGGCUCGUCUCGUGGGGUGCUGCGGGGGCCAUGGUGUUCGGCGGCGUGGUGCCCUACAUCCCGCAGUACCGGGACAUCCGGCGGACGCAGAACGCGGAGGGGUUUUCAACCUACGUGUGCUUGGUGUUACUGGUCGCGAACAUUUUGCGGAUACUUUUCUGGUUUGGAAGGCGUUUUGAAUCCCCUCUUUUGUGGCAAAGCAUUAUCAUGAUCAUUACUAUGUUACUGAUGCUGAAACUGUGCACUGAAGUACGUGUGUCCAACGAGCUAAACAUAAAACGCCGCUCUUUCGCAGCUGCAGAUAGUAAGGAUGAAGAAAUCAAAGCACCUCCCAAGAGAUCUUAUCUGGACUUUGACUUGAACUAUUUUUGGCAUUGGAGCAAGUUUACAGACUACGUGCAGUGUGUCCUGACCUUCACUGGUGUGACAGGUUACAUCACUUACCUCUGGCUCGACUCAUCUCUCUUUGUCGAAACGCUGGGCUUCCUCGCGGUGUUCACUGAAGCCAUGUUAGGCGUUCCCCAGCUCUACCGCAACUACCAGAAUAGGUCUACAGAAGGAAUGAGCGUCAAGAUGGUGCUGAUGUGGACCAGUGGGGACACCUUCAAGACUGUUUACUUCAUCUUGAAUCAGGCCCCUUUCCAGUUCUCCAUCUGCGGACUCCUACAGGUUUUUGUGGACGUUGCGAUCCUGCUGCAGGUUUACUUGUACAGCUCCUACCCUCAGAAGCCCGCGUCCCACCCUGCGCACCCUGCCAGCGCUAAGGCCCUGUGAGGGGCUCGGCUGGCUGUGCCGCAGGUCAGCGGUGCUGCGGAGAGUCACCUGUGGCAGCUCCUCUUCCAUUUGUAAAUACUCCUGCGCUGCUGAGUUGAGAGCAGAAAUGAGACCAAGCUUUGGAAAUGAGGCUGCAGCUCCAGCUCUGGAGGUUUUGGGUUAAAUAAUUUGCUGUCUGUGUUUUCAAACUUUGCUGUACAGGCCUGGGGGGGAGAGGGGGAAGGGGCACCUUAUUUUUGCAUAGGUACCUUUGAGCCUUACCAAUUCACAUAUGUUUGUAUAUUUAAUCACAAGGGCUGGAUGUUGUGUGUUUUUUAAUGCUAUUUAAAAAUGUUACACUACAGAAAUGAUAGGAUAUUUUGUCUGAAACUUUUACCUAUUUAUAUAAAGUCUGUACCUUGGCAGGAAGCUUGUGGCAUAUGCUAGUAAUCAGUAUCACCACGAUGUUGGAAGAAGAGCGAAUGCAGGAGUUCUCUUUUUUUUCCUUUAAGAAGGAUGUUUGGGGAGCAGAGAAAGUGAGAGAGGGAGGCCCAGCAAAGAGGGGAACGAUGGAAAUGAAUCAAUCCCAGACAGUAUAAAGUAUCGGUGUGCUAAAGAGUGGAAGGUGGGUGUUGGCCCCCGCUGUGGGAUCAGUGCGGCAGGUGAGUAUCACAGCGAUGUAGGAGGUCUGAGUAUGGGUGAUGCUGUAGGCGAAUCUAAAACAGAUACAGCUAGUCCACAUGUUCAACCAAAAGGAGAAGCGAACAGGAGACUGCAGGAGAAGCUCUUGGAUAGUGUUGCUUUGAAAUGGGGGGUUUGGGAAUAGCCCACCCUGUGCUCGGGGUGCAGCUCUGCUCCUCCAGGACAGAGCUAGGCUGUAGCAUGCCCAUGGCAAACCAAGGGUUCAGCAGACGAGUGUUGCCAGUAUUGCCAGGCAAGUAUUUCUAGCUGGCAGUUGAGAGCCACAAAGAUAGAAGGAAUCCUACUUUCAUCGCCUCAGAGCGGGGAAUGAAAAAGGUUGAGAUGGAAAAAAGAUCAUACCCUACAGAGCUGGACCAGCAUCUAACAGCUUGAUUUGUUGAGGCUGAGGUUUAUAUUCAUGUUGCUUAAUGCCAAAUAAGCCCAGUUUAUGUCUUGGGGCAUCUCUUGCAUUGGCCCAAGAGGGAGGGAGCACACGUUUUCCUUUUUCUGCAACUUAAGAUCUUCCAGACUUUAAGACAAACAGUCUGUAGCUGGACUGGGGGACUGAAAAGGCUAAAAGAGCAGAGUUUAUUUAUAAAUAUAAAUGUUGUCUGUAAUGGCUACUUGCCAGCGUAGGUCAGUGCGCCCUUUCUGAGAGGCGCACGUGGCUAGAGGCUGCAGGUGGUAUGCAGCCUGCAGCGGGCCGUGACCAAGGCCCUGGGCUCCUGCCAGUUGCCAUAAUGAAACUGUCUUGGCUGGUAGGAGAGGGCUACAGCAGGAUGCUUAGUCCCAGGAAGGGGUACGCCUGCGCCGCUGCCUGCCGUGCGCGACUCGCUCGCUACUGCCAGGUGAAUCCUGUACGACUGCAGACGGGGUGUCGAAGCUGGGAGAGGGUUUUAAAAAACACUUUUCCCUCUAAGAGUAGCACAAGAGCUCAUGUUUUCUUAAGUAUGGCAGCAGGUCUGGGGUUUAACAGCUUCCGGGUGUAAACCAGGUAACUUCCCAACCCUGUUUUCUUUGGGAAUCUCAUGGUCUGAGCCUGGACUGUCUUCCUUGGUGGCAAAGUGUCCUGCGCAGGGGAAGCCGCCGCAGUGUGCUUGCGUGGGCACGUCCGCCCCGCGAGAGGGAGGAUGGGGCCGGCCCCGUGCCGCUCUACAGAGCCGCUCCUCAGGGAGGAGGAAGGGGCGUCCCGGCGCCCGGGAGAGCCGCUCGCUGCGUGCGAGGGCCAGGCGCCGCAGGCUGGGGCCGGACGCUGGCUCCCUGCUUUUUGUGUCAUACCGUACUCUUCUAGGCCUGAAGUGACCUUACAGGGAUGAUGUACCCGGCAGGGCAGGCUAUGAAUGUUUUAUUCCUCUCUUUUCUCCAAUGUUCUGAGGGUGUUAUAAGAACAUCUGGGCUUUUGUCUUUUUUAAUUGAAAAUGUACUUAACAGCUGGCCUCGCUGGUAUGCUGCUUUAAUGAGGAUUGUAUUUCUACUGUAUGCAAAUGAACACUUUCUUGUGCGUUUUAAUGAUCUUAAGUUUUUUCCUUUUUUUUUAAUAACUUGUAAUGAUAAGAUUUUUGUAUAUGGUGGUCUUUUUCUAAUAUUCUAUGAAACAGGGAUAUAAGAAAUAAUCGGCUGUUAAGAAAUAUGCUUCUGUAUGUUAUAGCUUACCCUGGGAGCACACGCACUUGGUCACCUCUUUGGCUUUGAACUACAGGCAUUACUAAGGAGAAAACAAUAAUGGGUGUUUUUUCCACUUGGGACACUUCCCUGUGCAGCUUAAGUCUGUUACCAGUACCAAAACUAGAGUGCUCCGCAGAUGAGCCUCAUUCAUACCGGAACUGCAAAUGCUGGAAGAGAGAAGCCAGUGAACUCAUAUUUAAAAUCAUUUUCUAUAUACGGCAUUCAGCAAGGUUGGACACUUGGCCAGGAACUCUUGAACUUCAGCUAAUAAGAUACUUUAGAGACAAAACAUUACAGAACUACUUUUUUCUGGAUCAGGAAAUAUCUGUAUCAGUGAUCACCUCAGAGGAUUAAGAAAUCAAUUACUUUAAAUACAUCUCUUUGAAUGUAAUGGCACAUUUAAUCGAGUUUAUUUUCUGUCAGUUGCAGUGAUUUUUUUUU